AUGUUCUUCCAGGGCGGCCUCGCGGGCUCUGCCUGGGGCGACUGGGCGACCUACACGGAGUCGCCGCUGCGCGCCUUCGAGAGCGAGUCGGACCUGCAGGCGCCCGUCGGCUACUGGGACCCGCUCGGCCUUGCGAAGGACAGCGGUGCGGACGUCCUCUACAGGAGGAGGUGCACCGAGAUCAAGCACAGCCGCGUCGCCAGGUGUGUCGCCAUAGGGUGCAUCGUGCCGGAUUGCUUCCUGUGGCCGGGAGGUGUCGCCCCGGUCAAGGGGGACGGCGCCGAGGACCUUCAGAAGAACAAGCGGUCCCUAACGCGGAGCUGGCCAAAGGCCGCCUGGCCACGAUGGCCAUCAUCGGGAUGUUCUUCCAGGACAACCUCACGGGCUCCGCCUGGGGCGACUGGGCGACCUACGCGGAUUCGCUCUUGCGCACCCUCGAGAGCGAGAUGGGCGCGCAGGCGCCCGUCGGCUACUGGGACCCGCUCGGCCUUGCGAAAGGCGGCGAUGCGGAUGUCUUCUUCAGGAGGAGGUGCACUGAGAUCAAGCGCGGCCGCGUCGCCAUGCGGGCCGCCGGGAUCGCGACGCACGUAG